AUGUCCGAAGACGGGAGUGUUAACCAAGUAUCAAUCUCAACUCAUGCCGCUACAGCCCAAAGCUCCGAAGCAAACGAUUAUGAUUCUUCUGAUUCCGACGAUCAUUUCUCCGACGCGCACUCUGCCAUAGAUCCUACCUCUAUCAACGUAUCGCCAAGCAUAACUGAGUACACAUCAGAACAGAAGCUUACCGCAUCAGAGAAUAAGAGAAAAACUAGUGUCACAUCUCCAAAACUUCAAAACCUUGCCCUUAGAACAAGUAGCAUAGAAGUAGAAUCGAAGCUUCCUGAAUCAUAUUUUUUCAACAACUACCCCGACAGUGCAUCAUUUUCAACAACGAUAGCAGGCAAUAAUGAUCUCCAUGUCCCCAACAAUGAAGAAUUAAUUAAUCUACCAGCCCAUGAUGAACAAUACCUAUCCCCGCACGAUGUUAAUGUCCGUUCCGAAUCUGAAGAGAACCCCAACCUGAAUAAUGAAAUCGGGUCAAUUAGAGUUUUGACGGACCAAGAAAUUCCAGCCGUGCUUGAUGUAUCUAGUCUUAGGCAUUCACUUGAUGAGUUGACUGAAACGCCUGCAUAUGAUAUCCAUGAUGGUGGAGUACACAGCAAAAUCUUGCAUGGAGUCCUUGAUGUUAUAGAGCCGCAGACAACCUUCAAAUGCCUUAAUUUAAGCGAAGCUCGACAGGAAAAAAAUACAAAUGUAACCACUGACAUAUCUUACGAUUAUAAUGAAGAAAAUGAUGAGCAAGACGAAGGAUUCGGAGAUGACUUUGACGAUUUUGAAGAAGGUAUGGAAGACAAUGAUUUUGGAGAGUUUCAUGAGGAAUUUGGAGAGGAAUCACCUAUUCAGUGCGCUCCUAUACCUACGAAAGACAAACCUGCGCUACCAAUUUUUGACUUUUCAAAAUAUAAGUCCAGAGAAGAGGUAUACGACGCAGUCGAACCAUGCUUAGAACUAUUAUUCCCACCAGAAUCAAUCGAUGCAUCUACCUUGCCGCCUGUCUCAAACGAAAACUCAAUCUUUUUGACUCCCCGUAGCGCCUCGCUGUGGUCGCAACUAGUCGCACCUCCGCCACUCCAACCACCUAAUUGGAUAAGAUCCAGGAUUAGGCGCCUGUUCCUUGUUUCCCUUGGUGUCCCAGUUGACCUGGACGAGAUCUUACCGGCGUCGAAACAAAAGAAGCUAGUCCUUCCAUCUAUUUCCUCCACUCCGAAAAACUCUGCUCAUUCACGUAAUGUAUCUCGAUUAAGAAAUGACAACCAUAUCAACUCUCCUUCAUCUAGCGAUCUAUCAGGUAAACCCAAUCGAUACGACCUGCAGAGGAACACACAAGCGAAGUUUGCGCCAGAACUGGAUCUAACCUCCGCUAGACAAUUAUGUACAAUUACGGAUGAGGCACUAAAUGGCCUGACUGAUACGGAGCUCGAAAACCACUCCGAAAAACUAAAUGAAAUGCAAGGCAGGGCGAAAGAAGUACUAGCAUACUGGACAGCGAAGACAGAUGAAAAACUUGGUGACCGGGAUGCCUUCGAAGGCGUUAUAGAGAACUUAGUGAAACAUGCAAGAAAGACUCGAAAAUGA